AUGCCCUCACUACGCAAUAUCCUACACAAACGCGAUGACCUCAGCACCACCCAAACACCUCAAAAUGCACAAGCAACACCCAUAGCACCCGAGUUCAAGCUCAUCCGCUCAGACACAAACACUCAGGAGAUAAUCAACCUCCCAUCCCACCCAGAUGACGAACCCCAUUACCUAUCAUCACCUACCCAAGAAGAGCCCUCCUCUCCGCGCCGGAGCUUCCAACUCUUCCACCGCUCCCCCAAACCUGCCUCAGCCACCUCGCAAUCCCCUCCCCGUCGCGAGCGCCGUCUUUCAAACCUCCUCCACCUCGACUCCCGCAGUCGCAGUAACUCGCGUGACUCCUCCGCUAACCUCCCCGCGGACCUUCCGCAGAUUGAUGAUGAUCAUAGCGCGAGUAACCAGGAGCGCGAGGCCUUGUGGGAAAAGAGGGCUACUGUGCUUGUGCAGCGGAAUCCCCAGUUUGCGCAAUCCGGUUCAUCCCUACCGCGGCAAGGUGAGGGGGAGGCGUCGCUAGGGCUGGGAUUGGGGCUAGAGCAGCCUAGAUCGAGGAGUUCGAGUCAGAGUCGGGUUGGGAUAGAUCCAAACGAAGACAUUAAUAUUCAAGAGGCAAUUCGACUGCAUGAAGCUGGUGAUCUCGAGCGAUCAACUCAGAUGUUUGGACAACUUGCCGAUCCAAAUGGCGCCAAUAAUCCUUUGAGUCAAGUUCUUUAUGGGCUCGCAUUACGACACGGAUGGGGAUGUCCUGUGGAUACCCCACGCGCUGUGACCUAUCUCUCCGCCGCAGCAUCCAACUCGGCCGCGGUUGAGGCAGAGGCCCUCCGUGCUGGGUAUUACGAGACUGCUGCGAACUUGGGUGAUACUGAUGCCAUGAAUGAAGUGGGCUGGUGUUAUCUCGAGGGAUUCGGGGGUAAGAAAGACAAGUUUAAAGCAGCCAAGUAUUACAGACUUGCCGAGAAGAAUGGGUGUCCUACUCUCGGGAAUUCAUGGAUCUGGAAAGACAAGUAUAACCCAAAGUAG